CGGAGGGACAGCCAAUACCCAUUCUUCACUAAACUGUCCACUAAAUAUAACAUUUACAAUGUGCACAAGGCAGCUCAUAGAAGCGGCUUGAUUGUAUAUACAACCAGCUGAAACGUUUCACACGUGGACUCGUUCAGAGAGCUACAUGACUUGAAGACAUGGGAACAUUGAGUACUGUCUUCCUGGGCUUGGUCGUCUUCUUGUUGGCUUUUAUAGCCCAAGGUGAAGACCUACAAAAUAGGCCAUCAAUAAACAGUUAUGAUAUGCCAUUCAUCGAAGAAAAUACUUCGAACGAGAGUAUUCAAGAUAAAGACCCCAUAGACAACACAUCAGAGAAGAGUGGAAAAGAAGACGAUAUAAAGGACGAAUCAUCUCAGGAGAGUGAAAAUGUUGAAGAUACUAUGGACGAAUCAUCUCAGGAGAGUGAAAUAGUGGAAGACACUAUGGAAAUGUCAUCACAGAAGAGUAAAAAAGUGGAAGACACUAUGGAAAUGUCAUCACAGACGAGUAAAAAAGUGGAAGACACUAUGGAAAUGUCAUCACAGACGAGUAAAAAAGUGGAAGACACUAUGGAAAUGUCAUCACAGACGAGUAAAAAAGUGGAAGAUACUAAUGUGAAGUCAUCAAAGGAGGGUAACAUAUCUGAAGACAGAAAGGACCAGCUAUCACAGAAGAUACAAAAAGAGGAUGACACAGAGGACGGGUCAACACAGAAAAGUCUAAUAGAGGAAAACAGAAAGAACAAGCCGGCAGGUAAGAGUCAAAAAAAGGAAGAUAAAAAAAACAAACCAUCACAAAAAAGUAAAAAAAAGGAAGACAGAAAAACCAAAGCAUCAAAAAAGAGUAAAAAAAAGGAAGACAGAAAAACCAAACCUUCACAAAAGAGUCAAAAAAAGAAUGACAGAAAAACCAAACCUUCACAAAAGAGUCAAAAAAAGAAUGACAGAAAAACCAAACCUUCACAAAAGAGUCAAAAAAAGGAAGAAAUAAAGGUUAAGCCGGCAGAGAAGAGUCAAAAAUCAGAAGACAUAAAGGAAAAGCCGGUAGAGAAUAGUCAAAAAGAGGAAGACAGUAAGGAAAAGCCGGCAGAGAAAAGUCAAAAAGAGGAAGACAGUAAGGACAAGCCGGCAGAGAUGAGUCAAAAAGAGGAAGACAUAAAGGACAAGCCGGCAGAGAUGAGUCAAAAAGAAGAAGAUAUAAAAGAAAAGCCGGCAGAGAAGAGUCAAAAAGAGGAAGACAUAAAGGACAAACCGGCAGAGAUGAGUCAAAAAGAAGAAGAUAUAAAAGACAAGCCGGCAGAUAAGAGUCAAAAAGAAGAAGAUAUAAAAGACAAGCCGGCAGAGAAGAGUCAAAAAGAGGAAGACAUAAAGGACAAGCCGGCAGAGAUGAGUCAAAAAGAAGAAGAUAUAAAAGAAAAGCCGGCAGAGAAGAGUCAAAAAGAGGAAGACAGUAAGGACAAGCCGGCAGAGAUGAGUCAAAAAGAGGAAGACAGUAAGGACAAGGCGGCAGAGAAGCCGGCAGAAAAGAGUCAAAAAGAGGAAGACAGUAAGGACAAGCCGGCAGAGAAGCCGGCAGAAAAGAGUCAAAAAGAGGAAGACAGUAAGGACAAUCCGGCAGAGAAGAGUCAAAAAGAGGAAGACAGUAAGGACAAGCCGGCAGAGAAGCCGGCAGAAAAGAGUCAAAAAGAGGAAGACAGUAAGGACAAUCCGGCAGAGAAGAGUCAAAAAGAGGAAGACAGUAAGGACAAGCCGGCAGAGAAGCCGGCAGAAAAGAGUCAAAAAGAGGAAGACAGUAAGGACAAGCCGGCAGAGAAGCCGGCAGAAAAGAGUCAAAAAGAGGAAGACAGUAAGGACAAGCCGGCAGAGAUGAGUCAAAAAGAGGAAGACAGUAAGGACAAGGCGGCAGAGAAGCCGGCAGAAAAGAGUCAAAAAGAGGAAGACAGUAAGGACAAGCCGGCAGAGAAGCCGGCAGAAAAGAGUCAAAAAGAGGAAGACAGUAAGGACAAUUCGGCAGAGAAGAGUCAAAAAGAGGAAGACAGUAAGGACAAGCCGGCAGAGAAGCCGGCAGAAAAGAGUCAAAAAGAGGAAGACAGUAAGGACAAGCCGGCAGAGAAGAGUCAAAAAGAGGAAGACAGUAAGGACAAGCCGGCAGAGAAGCCGGCAGAAAAGGGUCAAAAAGAGGAAGACAGUAAGGAAAAGCCGGCAGAGAAGCCGGCAGAAAAGAGUCAAAAUGAGGAAGACAGAAAGGAAAAGCCGGCAGAGAAGAGUCAAAAAGAAGAAGACAUAAAAGACAAGCCGGCAGAGAAUAGUCAAAAAGAAGAAGACAGAAAGGACAAGCCGGCAGAGAAGAGUCAAAAAGAGGAAGACACAAAGGAAAAGCCGGCAGAGAAGAGUCAAAAAGAGGGAGACAUAAAGGACAAGCCGGCAGAGAAGAGUCAAAAAGAGGAAGACAGAAAGGAGAAGCCGGCAGAAAAGUGUCAAAAAGAGGGAGACAAAAAGGACAAGCCGGCAGAGAAGAGUCAAAGCGUUGAAAACACCAAGGAGGAGCCGGCAGAUACUAGUCAAGAAACAAAAGCAAACAAAGAGCCACACAAAAGCCGUGUUUUGUUCUAUUUUGCCCUUAUGGAUGUAUGGCUGUAAGCCACGAGAAUACUGAAAUAGCUCUAUUGAUACCAAUAAAACAUUCUAUUAUGCCAAAACAGAAUGUCAAAUUUUGAAAUGUAAUUUUUCGAUGUUUCUAAUAAGAGAAAAACGAUACUCCUAAUG